AUGACUUUGGAAAACCUCAGAAAAGAUCCUCUGCUCGACGUUCCCUCGCCAUCCAUUCGAAAGGCAGUGCAUGGUGGGCUACCUGUAAAUCAUCCACGAUUAUGGAACUUUUUAGUGGAGAACAGAACAGUAUUGGCAGCGUCGAGUGCAGCAAUCACAUCUGUGCUCUCUGGUUUUCCGUUUGAUUCAGUCAAGACCCGAAUGCAAACCCAUCACUAUGACUCCUUACUCGAUUGCGUAAAAACAACUUAUCGAGAGGAAGGCGCAAGAGGCUUCUUUAGAGGCAUGAUCCCACCCCUGGUGACUGUGAGUGCUAUCAAAUCGGUGGCAUUUUCUGUAUACGAAGGCACCAAACAUCGUCUCAAGCAUUAUCGUGGAUUGGAGGGUGAUACACUUGGAUCCUUGAGUAUGUUGGCAUCACUCAGUGGUGCUUCAAGUGGUGCAUUCAUUGCUGUUCUCAGCUGUCCUCUCGAACUUGUCAAGAUUCAGCGUCAAUUGGAACAAAUGGUUGCCAAGGAGACUGCCGGAUCAUCCGCCAACAACACCAACGGCAGCAGCAGUUGGCAUGCAGCACGACAAAUUGUACGACGCAAAGGCAUCUUUGGAUUGUGGAGUGGAUUAAGAUGUCACACGAUACGAGAAACGCUUGGCACAUCGAUUUACUUUGGCACCUAUGAAACGGCUAAACGUGUAUUGAAUGGCAACCAAAACAACACACCUGCAAGCCCAAUGACCCAUUUCAUGGCAGGAGGCAUUUGCGGCGUUCUCAGCUGGCUGAUUGUUUUUCCAGUCGACCUCGUCAAAUCACGUUUACAAAAGAAUGUCAUGAUGCCAGAGCCAAGACUCAACACAAUUCGUGCUUGCGCAACUGAUGUAAUCAAGCAGGAUGGUAUCCGUGGUCUAUACCGUGGUCUCAACGUCACCUUGAUACGUGCAUUUCCUAUCCAUUCGCUCCAAUUUCUCGUUUUGGAAUAUGUCUACAGCCUCAUCCCACCAGCACAUCCUUUGCAACAACAAUAA